UAAAACUCUCAUACGUAAUCUAAGUACACAAAGUGCCAUGUCCAUAAUCGGAACAGUUUUUGAGGAUGUGACUACAGACGUGAUAGGGAGCAUUGGCACGUGGCAAUGGCUGGUGGUGUGUGUGUGCACGGCCCUGAUGAUUCCAUCCAUCUUCCUACAGUUUGAGGAUAUGUUCCUCUUGAACCAGGUUGAGAAUAUGCUGUGCAUCCCGCCGUCCAACAACCAAGUGGUCAACGCCAGCCUCUGCUUCGUGCAGCUGACAGACAACGAAACGGCUGCCAAGUGUGAGAGGUGGUAUGUUAAAUUGAUGUGGAUGGUUUGGAUACAAAAAUCUUGGAUGUUAUUCUGUGAUGAUAAAAUGAAGUUAGUGUCAACAGCAAUGGUGAGCCGUGUCGGUCAGAUGUUCGGAUUUUUCAUUUUUGGUUUGAUUUCUGACAGUUUUGGAAGAAAAGUUUCGAUAGUCAUAAACGUGCUAGCCGAAACCAGCUUGGGUCUUCUGUUGACGUUCUGCGAUUCCGAGGGUUGGUACCAACUGAUUGUCUUUCUGGACUCCUUGUGCUGCAGUGCCACCAAAUACCUCGGCCUUAUACUCACAUGCGAAAUCGCAAGUAAUGAAUGGCGUUCAUGGUUGAAUACGAUUGUGAUGUUACCUCGAUUGCUUGCAUUCGUGUGCAUGGUCCCGCUGGCGAACUGCACCGGCAAUCAGCAAACAUACAACUUCAUUGCUGUCUUGUAUGGUGCUGGUCUCGUUGUUGUGUUAAGAUGGACACCUGAAUCUCCUCAAUGGCUUCUUUACAGUAGAAAAAUAAUAAAAGCGGAAAGAUUACUUCUGACUGCUGCGGUGAAGAACGGAAUCUACCUUUGUAGCGAUUUCAAAAUUAGACCUGUAAAUCAAAGAGCUUACUCUUGCAUUGAAGAACCACGAACAUGUUUGGGGGUUUUAACUACAUACAAUAUCAGAAUAAUGACGUUUAUAUCUCUUUUGUUCUGGGCUCUAUACUAUUUCCAGUGGAGCUACUUAUACAUAAGAUUAUACAGUGAUAAAUCAGAGGAACAUUUACUGCUAAAAAUUUUCUGCUUUGCAAUUUUGUUUGGUGGUCUCACGGUGUUGCUGGCGAGGAAAAUGAUUCUGAGGCAUUUGUUGCUGAUCAGUGUCUUCAUUACGGGUAUUUUUAUGACUGGUGAUGCCUUUCUUAACAAGGAAAAAUCUCGCAACCUGCUGUCAUCCAUUGCUCUUGCUUCGAGUAUAGUUGGCCAUGCAUUACUCCUCAACAUCACGCCGCGUCUUUUCGCCAUUAAAGUCCGGGGCACACUGGUAGGCGCCUGCCAAGCUGUAGGAGAGAUCGGUGCGAUUCUCGGAUACAUUAUCUUUCUCUUCGAUCCCAUGGGAAGUCUGACUACGAUGGGAGUGACUAUAGGAAUAACCCUCACUUUGUCUGCGCUAUGCUUGAUGUUUCUAGAUGUUGAUGGCAGGGAGUUGCCCGAUAUUAUGGAAGAUAUGGAUUAUUUUUCAGAAUUAUCAAAACCAUUACGCUGGGCUACACAGAAAACGAAUUCCCCGUCACACGAAGAAGUGGAAAUGAGAAUUUAUUCAUUCAACACAGUAUCGAGCAAUUCUCCAGAGAGAACCUCUCCCGCAAGACGCAUUGGUUUUUGGAGAACUUGGAGUAAUAUUAGAGAAUGUAUGGUCAACUUUGUAAGACGAUCCAAAUAAAUUCACUAGGUACCUACCAAACUACCUACAACAUUCAUUUAUU